CACUCUACCAUCAACUCUGCCAUGUCUCGCCGUCGAAACAACGCUGUGAGAGGUCCCACCUCCGCUCUCACCGAUUUCCUGCGGGAAUCCGGCAUUGACGCACGCACCAUCGCUCGGCGCGUCGCCACACAGAAUGUUCAGGAACAAGAGCAGGAUGAAGCCGGACCAAGUAAUGCUGCCGUCGGACCUAGCACCGCGCAGGGAGAAGAAGGAGGCGAGGACGACAAUGCUGGCGCUGAAGUGGAGCAGGCUGAGGCCUCGACGAGUAGGGCGCGGACGACGAGGGCGAACGGCUACACCUCCGACCAGCUCGACGACCCAGAGGAAGAGGCCGAGGCGUCCCCCGCCAAGAAGCGACGCACGAACACCAGAGCGGCGAAGGCGAAGGCGAAGAAGAAGGCCAAGGACGACGGAGACUACGAGGGCUCGUCGGAGGACGAAUACAAGGCCCUGUCAAAGAGCCUAUAUCGCACUGGCGCUGGACGCAAGCCUGAUGUAGGCAAUAUCGAGAACUGCGCCAAGUGCCAGAACAAGUUCACGGUGACAAAGUACACGAUGGCAGCGAAUCCCGGCCCCGGGUGGCUAUGCCACAAGUGCGCCAAGGCGUCGGGCAUCGACCCCUUCAAGAAGCCCGCAGUACCGAGGAAGCGUAACCGCGCGGAUAAGAGAGAGGUCGUUCAUUAUGAGGAACGUCGGUUCCCCAGUCUUGCUUCCAUCUGCAUACAGCUCAUCUCCAAGUAUAUCGACGACGUGGAGGGCUUUGGAGACAUCGGCUCUGUCAAUGUCGAUGAGCUGGCGAAAGCGCUCGCGAAGAACCGUGGUUUAACGCCGCAGAACGCGCAUCUGUUCUACGACGUGCAGAAUACCAAAGUCAGCUUGUAUGAUGCCACCAACCUGACCCCAGACGCAUUCAUCACGCUCUCGUCUCUCAAUCCCAAUCUGACUACGCUUCACCUCUCUUUCUGUGGUCGCCUCGACGACCAAGCCAUGGUCGCCUGGACUCGUGGGCUCCCCUCGCUCACCCAUCUUGACCUGCUCGGCCCCUUCCUCGUGCGCAUCCCUGCCUGGCUCGAGUUCAUCAAAUCCAAGCCGGGCCUCAAGACCUUCAGGAUCACGCAGAGCCCCCGCUUUGACGCCGCCUGCACAGCAGCGCUCGCGGAGCACUGCACCCAGCUCGAAGACCUGCGCCUGCGCGAGAUCGGCAAGCUCAGCGACGACAACCCAGACGAGCCGUUCAUCGAGCACCUCGUGGCGCUCCCACAACUGAAGGCGCUCGACCUGAGCUGCCCCGGCGGACACGUCAGCGAAGAGAGUCUCAUCGCGAUUAUGGAGCGGCACGGGCCGACGCUGGAGAGCCUCGAUUUAACGGACCACGGUGGCGUCACGAACGGGUUCCUCCUGCGCGGCGUGAGGAGGUACGCGCGGAGGCUCGCGGCGCUGACGCUGGACAACACGCAGGAGCUGACGGAUAAGGGCGUCGCGAGGUUCUUUUCCUCGUGGGAGCGUGGUGCCGCCGCGGAGGCGGACGCCGAGGACGACGUCGAGGAGGCCGCCGAAGAAGAUGACGAGAGCGCGAUGUCUGUCGACGGCGAUGACGACGACGAAAAUGGGGAUGUGGGCGCGGAUAACGGUGCCCAGGCUAACCCAGCCUCGACAUCCCCUCCAGCUCCAGCUCUGGCUCCAGCGAUGCCCACAGAUCCAGCCUUCGUCCCAAACCCGGGCUUGCACACCGUCUCCUUCAACCGCAACCACCUCCUCAGCAGCGCCUCGGUCGACGCGCUGAUAUCCCACUCGGCGCGCACGCUCGAGGACGUGAACCUGAACGGGCUCAAGAGCGCAUCGGCCACGUCGCUCGCGCGGCUGAAGGAGGCGAAGGAGCUGCGCAGGCUCGACGUGGGGUGGUGCCGCGAGAUGGACGACUUUGUGCUCAAGGAGGUUGUGGACAGCUGCACGAAGCUCAAGGAGGUGCGUGUCUGGGGGUGCAGUCGGGUGAGGGGCGUCGGCGUGAAGAGGAGGGGCGUUGUCGUUCAUGGGAUUGAACCUAAUGCUGGUUGAUGAUAAGCAUUGUUGCCUUUGUAUAUUAUAUUAAUUGCUGGUCUCCUUCGCCUAAACACCUUCUCGGCGCAUUACUAAUGAAUAAAUUGUGUCUAUACCAACUGUUCU